AUGUCUGGGGGCCUUCCGCGGCAGUUUGUCCUAAAGGUUGAGCGGCACGUUCCUGUGAACAAGGGGAUGGGAUUAGCAUACCCGACCGUUCCAGGAGGUUCAGAUGUCGCGGAUGCUGACGCUACACCCCAUGCCGGUGCCGGGGAACGUCACCAAAGUAAUGAAGCUGGCGGCGAUAUGGCGUCAGGGACCUUGAAAGAUGAGGCUGGUUCCAUUCAUUUAUCGCAUGAAAAAGAAACUCAAACAGAAGAGGUACCGUUGCCAACAUGCGAAGCUAAUGCGUGCGACGUUGACGGAACACAUUGUUUGUCAGUUGAUGCUCUGGAUAUGGCUGUCCGUAGUAAUGGGGCAGCCCUACGGCAGAUGAGGUCAUCCUCGCACCUAACCGCCGCGUUUCACACAUCCGCGAGUGACGACUAUGGUGAUUCUAUUUCCCCCAACCCCUCCGAUCGACAAUCCUUUAUUGGAUCAUUGCGAGUCAGUUACGUUGAGCUGAUGAGUGGCGAGAGUAUCCCAGUGUACUUUCCCCCUUCACUAGGUACCAGUGGAGGAGUAGAAGGGAAGACCAUGACAUUAUCCGAAGAUCUCGGCUGUGAGAACCAAUAG